AUGUCCCGGAAGCAUGUAUGUAGUGUGAAAGGGGCCAUCCUCUCACCCUCACCUACUUUACAGAGAUGCUCCCCACCGGACUGGAGGCUAAGGGGCUGGGAUGCGCCCAGCCUGGGGCUAGCCCCGCCCGGCCAGCGGGGGCGGUGUCUCGGCCCCUCUUUAAGCGCUCUCCCCCCGGGGGCUGCCGCAGAAGCUCGCCUCUGCCUGCGUUCGGGUGCUCCGGAGGGCCUCGGGGGCGGCCGCAGCAUGGAACCGCGUCCCCAGUACGAGGGCUUGGACUACGACUACGAGGGGGCGCCCCCGGGCAACUGGAGCGACGGCGCCGUCGGGGCGCUGGGCUGCCACUGGGAAGAGGCCGAGACGGACUGGGAGGUGUCCUUCUCGCUGCUGCCCGUGCUCUACAUGCUGGUCUUCGUGCUGGGGCUGUCGGGCAACGGCCUGGUGAUCUUCACGGUGUGGCGGGGCCCGCGGACCAAGCGGCGCUCGGCGGACACGUACAUCGGCAACCUGGCGCUGGCCGACCUGGCCUUCGUGGUGACGCUGCCGCUGUGGGCCGUCUACACGGCGCUGCGCUUCCACUGGCCCUUCGGCUCGGCUCUCUGCAAGCUGAGCAGCUACCUGGUGCUGCUCAACAUGUUCGCCUCGGCCUUCUGCCUGGGCUGCCUGAGCUUCGAGCGCUACCUGGCGAUCGUGCACGCCCUGCCGCGCUCGGCGGGCCGGCCGGCGUCGGCGCGGCCCCGGGCCUCCACGCUGCUCUCGCUGGCCGCCCUCUGGCUGCUGGCCGGCCUGCUGGCGCUGCCGGCGCUGCUGCUGCGCGACACGCGCCCCGGCCGGCCCCGCGACAACGCCACGGCCGCCGGCAUCGAGUGCGACAUGGACUUCAGCAGCGUGGCCGCCAGCCCGGCCGAGGAGGACCACUGGCUGGCGGCGCUGAGCCUGGCCACCACGGCGCUGGGCUUCGCGCUGCCGCUGCUUCUCAUGACGCUCUGCUACUGCUGCAUCGGCGCCACCGUCAGCCGCCACUUCCAGCAGCACGUGCGCAAGGAGGAGGGCCGGCAGCGGCGCCGCCUGCUGCGCAUCAUCGUCACGCUGGUGGCCGUCUUCGCCGCCUGCUGGCUGCCCUUCCACCUGCUCAAGAGCCUCUACGUGCUCAACUGGGUGGGCCUGCUGCCGCUGCCCUGCGCCCUGCAGGAGCUCAUCCCGCGCCUGCACCCCUACGCCACCUGCCUGGCCUACAUCAACAGCUGCCUCAACCCCUUCCUCUACGCCUUCUUCGACGGCCGCUUCCGCGCCCAGUGCCUGCUCCUGCUCGGCCUGCGCAAGGCGCUGCGCGGCCAGGCAGGCUCCGUCUCCUCCACGCUCAGCGGGCAGACCCAGAAGUCCGAGGUGCCUUCCUUGGGCACGAAGGUGUAGAGCCGGCGCCGGGCAGGCGGCAGCCCCAGCCCAGCCGGCGAGAGAGGGAGCGGCGGGCGAGAGGCGCGCUUGGCUCGCCAACCAGCGGCCUUCGGGACUUUGGACUGGGCGCCCUGGCAGCGCCGCGCUCCUUCCAGCGUCGGUCUCUCGGUCUCAGCGCUUGGACUUUUCUUCUUGCCGAGCUGCCGGUGGUUCAGUGCUGUCCACCCCGUCGGACACAGGCGUUUGGUGCUAUCCGGGUACCCCGAACUGUUCCCCUCCGCAGCCCGCGGGUUUGGGCAGGUCCCUGCGGCGGGUGACCCUCUUCUCCUUUUGUAAUCAAUAAACGAUACUUUGUUUGAUUUUCCCCUCAGGGAAAAAAAUCCCAAGCAGACGUAACUUUUGUUUUGUUUUCCUCCCAGGGAGGGGAGCAGGAGCCAGAAGGGGGUCGGGUUUGGAGGGGAACGGAUGCUCCGCUUUGAGUGAGCAGAGCCGAGUCUAGUGGCACCUUAAAGAUCAACAAGAUCCCCAGGGUAUA